AUUACAAAUAAUUGGCGACGAGUAUUAAAAAUUAUUUUGUUUAAAAUAAUCUUUAUUUCGUAUUACGAAACAAGAAGUUCGGUUAAAUAUUUUUUUUAACAAAAAAAAAAAAAAAAAUAAAAAAAGAAAAAGUACAAACGAAUUUCGUUUAUGCACAAAAAAAAAAAUAUAACUUCAUUGAACAAUGACGCCACCAGUACCAGUCACUGUAUUCCAAACUACAGCAGUUCCAGAAUUUUCACCCAGUAAUGAAAGUUUUUCAAUAUGGAAAGAAAAAUUGGACAUUCAUUUUUGCGAAAUAAACUGCACUGAGGACAAUCAAAAAAGGGCAGUCUUAUUGAAAUCGAUAGGCGCAGUCCCGUACAGUGUUUUACACAGUCUAUGCAGUCCAGAAGCACCUGUCACAAAAACGUAUAAACAUUUGUGUGAAACCCUUACAUCUCAUUAUACUCCACCUACGAUCGUAUUCCGAGAACGAAAAAAGUUUCAUUCUUCUACCAAAACCGAUGGAGAAACAGUUGCAGAUUGGUACGCUCGAGUAAAAAAACUGGCAUUAAAUUGCAAAUUUGGUACAGAUCUAGAUUCCUUCAUUUUGAACCAAUUUAUCAUGAGCUUGCCAAGUAAAAUCUUCGAGAGGUUAUGUGAAGAAGAUGAAAAGUUAACUCUUCCAGACGCAUUAAAAAAAGCAAUGAUUAUGGAAACAAAAAUCAGCGAAAAAGUCGUCAACGAAGAAGCAGUUAAUUACAUAAAAAAUCUUAAAUCUAAAAAGAGCAAUGGUAAAGCAGCAGCAGCGGGUAAAGGCGGUAGCAGUGGCAGUGCAGGCGGCGGCGGCGGUAGCAGUAACUAUGGAAACAAACACAACAAGCAGCAGAAAGUUUGCUCUCAUUGUGGUUGGCGUAACCACAGUUCUCAGUACUGUAAAUUUAAAGAGAGCAAGUGUCACAGUUGUGAAAAGAUUGGGCAUCUAGCAUCAGUCUGUAGUGUUAAGAAAAACAAAACAGUAAAUUACGUAUCAAAUUCAGAUAAUAAUUCAACUUACGAAUUCAAUGAUUUAUUUAAUUCUUCUAUUUUUAGUAUAUCUCCAAAUUCAAAUUGUGGCCUGUACUCUCUGUCAGUGGUUAUUGAUGGUGUAAGCAUGGAGGUCGCUUGUGAUACCGGUGCUCCUUGCACGUUGGUUCCAGUUUCGUUUUAUGAACAGAUCGAUAGUAAAAUGCAGCUAAGGCCGUGCCACGUCCCAUAUGUUGAUUACAGCGGGGAAAGAAUUUUAAUCUUAGGUGAGUACGAUGCAUGCAUAUCGUAUAAAGGUAUCAAGAAGAAUAUUGUUGUUGUGGUCUCUAAAAAUAACAGUCCUCCUUUGCUUGGUCGUACAUUUUUGAGAGCAUUUAAUUUUGAAUUGAUGCAAGUUAACUCGGUAGAAACUAAUGAUAAAUACUCAAUUGUUGUUGAGCAGAUAAAAAACGAGUUUUCGGAAGUUUUCAAAGAAGAGCUAGGCACUUUUAACAUUAGUAAAAUAUCAUUAGAUUUAUGCGAUAAUUCAAAGCCUGUUUUUUUUAAACCCCGGCCUUUGCCACUAGCAUGGAAAGAUAGAGUUGAAAAGCAAUUGCGAGGUUUAGUCCAGAGUGGUGUGCUUGAGCACAUUAACAACUCUGAAUGGGCAACUCCUUUGGUUCCAAUUUUGAAACCAAAUGGCGAUCUUCGAAUUUGUGCUGACUAUAAAGUCACUAUUAACAAAUGGUUGGUAGACUUUAAAUACCCUUUGCCUCGUAUUGAGGAAAUCUUUGCGACAUUCAACGGCGGUGAAUUAUUCACAAAACUUGAUUUGUCGAAUGCUUACAACCAACUUUUAUUAGACGAAAAAUCGCAGCUUCUUUGUACCUGGAGUACACAUAUCGGUUUAUUAAAAGUUAAGCGAUUACCGUUUGGUGUUAAAACCGCAGCCGCAAUUUUUCAAAAGUCAAUGGAAACGUUAUUACGAGGAAUUCCAUUUGUUGUGGUAUAUCAAGAUGAUAUUACAAUCACGGGUCCAAAUAUUGGUCAACACAUUACAACAUUGAAGUCGGUUUUAACAAAACUUAAAUCAGCUGGACUUAGGUUAAAUGUUGGGAAAUGUGAAUUUUUCAAAUCUAAAAUUUGCUACUUAGGAUUUACUAUCGAUAAGCAUGGUUUGAGUAAAAACAACGAUCGGAUUUCAAGUGUCUCAUUAGCACCUAUCCCGAAAGAUGUUUCUGAGCUCAGGGCUUUUAUUGGUAUGGUGAACUACUAUUCAAAGUUCAUUAACAACUUCUCUAGUAAAAUGUUUCCUUUAUAUAAGCUUUUACGCAAAAACAUUAAAUUUAUCUGGUCAGAAGAAUGCCAAAAAUCAUAUGAAUUGAUAAAAUCGGAAGUUACGUCAGAUCAGGUCUUAGUGCAUUUCAACCCUGAUAUGCCCAUUAUUCUAACCACAGAUGCCAGCAGCAAUGCUGUAGCUGGGGUUCUUUCUCACAAAUUGAACGAAGGUUCGAGGCCAAUUGCCUUUGUAUCAAGGGCAUUGACAAAAAGUGAGAGUAACUAUAGUACUCUCGAGAAAGAAGCGCUCGCUAUUAUUUUUUGUGUUUCAAAACUGAAACAAUACCUGUUGGGAAAUAAGUUUGUUUUGCGAACCGACCAUAAACCGCUUUUAAGUAUAUUUGGGGAGCAUAAGGGUUUGCCUCUCAUGGCCUCUGCGCGCAUGCAGAGAUGGGCUCUCAUACUUUCAGGUUUUGAGUAUACUGUUGAGUAUAUAAAAGGUACAUUAAAUGAUGCCGAUGGCCUUUCACGAAUGCCACAAACCUUUUCCGUGAAUGAUUAUGAUGAGAUUAACUACGUGAACUAUAUUGAAUCAGAAAAUUAUUUAAAUUUGAGUUUCAAGGACAUAGCUCGGGAAACAAGACGUGACCCAGUGUUGUCAAAGCUCAGUGAAGCCAUUCAAAAUGGUUCAGUGCGUAACUUGAAAGGUAAUGAAUUUACUCCGUAUCGAAAUAAAUCAGAUGAGUUUUCGGUAGAAUACGAUUGUGUGUUAUGGGGUUAUCGCACCAUUGUACCUACAAAGCUGCGAACACACAUACUUUCUGAACUACAUGCCUCACAUUUGGGUAUUGUUAAGACCAAAAUGCUGGCUCGUUCUUACGUUUGGUGGCCAGGAAUGGAUGCAGAUAUUGAAAAUUUAAUUCAAAAUUGUAUUCCUUGUCAAGAAUUACAACCUAGUCCAGAAAAAAGUUCGUUAAUCCCAUGGAACCCUUCUUACUCGGUAUGGAGUCGAGUUCAUGCAGAUUUUGCAGGUCCUAUUGGGAACUUUUAUUUUUUUAUUGUCAUUGACUCAUUUUCCAAAUGGGUUGAAGUAUUCAAGACGAAGGAGAUUACUUCUUCAUUUACUAUUAGUAAACUCAGGGAAUUAUUUUGUCGCUACGGACUAGUUGACGUUCUCGUAACAGACAACGGUCGACAAUUUACGUCACAUGAAUUUUCUACAUUUACAAAAAAUAAUGGUGUUAAACACAUUUUUACGGCACCUGGACAUCCGGCUACAAAUGGCCAAGCCGAAAAUUUUGUUAAAAUUUUAAAAAAAUCUAUCCUUGCAAAUCUGAAGGAUCAUAAAAACGUCUGUAUAGACACAAUUUUAAAUAGAUUUAUGGUUGAUUAUCGCAAUACUAAACAUUGUUCGACUGGUGAAUCACCAGCCAAGCUUUUCUUUGGGCGCGUUCUGAAAACACGUUUUAGUUCUUUAAAACCUCCAAUCACAAGAGAAAAGAUAUUAGAUAGUCAACAUAAAAUUGUUGCGAAUUAUAAAGGCAAUCGCAAUGCUGAAUUUUCCAAAGGACAAAAAGUUAUGAUUAGAGACUACAGAAACAUCAAUAAACCAAGUUGGACUCAAGCAACAGUAAGAAAACAACUUGGACCUCGGACAUAUUCGUGCAUCAUUACUCAUAAUAACAGAGAGAUUAAACGGCACUUAGAUCAAAUUAGAAAUCAAAACGUCAGUCAAAACAAUAAUCAAGAUCAACAAACUGAAAUCAAUGUGCAAGCGAGGUCAUCAGACGUUCAAUCUGAAAUUGUAACUAGUGCAGAAGGCAGUUCCGGAGAUGUCUCUGUUUUGUCCGAUCAGGCACUUCAAAGUGGCACUGACAGAGCGUUGAGGCCACGUCUUACUAAAAUAAAUUAUUCUGAAUAA